GAAAAAAAAUGUGAGUAAAUUAUUGCGUGGAGUUGUGUUAUUAUUUCUCGGACAAAACAAAUUUCACAAGUUGCGUUAGCUUGUUUCUUUCCUGGUCUCUCCCCCAUUCCGCAAAUUAGAGCAACAUCGGGACGGUCUGCUAACAAUGCUUCAGGUAGUGCAGUAAACAAGCCAAACACGUAACAACCGACAUCAGACCUCUUGAAGCGACAAUGAAGGACAUCUGAAUCUGCGGUUGCUGCGGCCCUCCGAGAAGAAACUGGGUUAUUUUUUGUAGAUUUUCUUCAAUCUCAAGGAUGACUCCGGACCAAGAAAUGAAAGGCUGCUGUCCUGAACUCGGCACUGACGACGGGUCAUUGCCUUCUAACACCAUUCAAGCGGAGGAGCCGCAGCCCAACGAUUCGGUUUCAAAGGAACGAAGAGGACAAUCGCCACGCAGUUUUGCAAGCAAGGCGGCCAAACUCCAAGUAUGCCUUCAACUUGUGGUGCACAUGAGCAACUGUACGACCAGAGACUGCAGACUGUCCGGCUGCGGCAGGCUGAAGAUGGUGGCACAACAUUCGUUGGUCUGCAAAACGAAGGGCUGCCUCAUAUGCGAGCAGUUCGAGAAGCUGAACAUCACCCACACACGGUUCUGCAAAACGGAAGGUUGCCCUGUGCCUUCUUGCAAGAUAUCCAAGCUGAGACUUCAGCAGCAAGUUUUGGCCGCCCGCAAGAAACUACAGGAACGGAACAACGGAAACCCACCUACGACGACGCACAAAUCCAAAGCGCCUGAGAAACUUCAAAAAACAUGCCACAGCCUCCGGUAUCAAUUGCUAACAAUGCAAACCAGAGCUAAAAAGAAUGAAAAACAGCGUUAAUCGAACUGGAAGCUGAAGAAAAAUUUCAAUAUGAAAUUUUUGAUGGAACAUAUAAGACGAAUUAAAAAAAAAAAAAUGUUAAAAGAACUAUUAAAUUAUUUAAAAGAGGGGAUUAGCAAAUUAAUUUUUAACUUUUUAAUGUUGAUUUGAUUUAUAUUGUCACUUUAGUGGCUUACUACAAAGACUAGUGAGCUAUGCUGUGCUUUGAACGUUUUAUUAUCAAUAAUUUUCUGCUUUCUAAUCAGUAACCCUACACUUAUUAAUGACUUCAUGAAAGCUUGGCGUACAUUUUUAAUUCUGUCCAUUUAUCUUAAGCAUCCAUUUUUAACAUACAUACAUGUGUAUAUUAAACUGUGUGAAAAUUUAUCAAUGCAUUGAAUAUUUUGUUAGAGCUUUAGAAAUUAAAUUUCAAUUAAAUCAUUUUCUAAGAAUUUAUCAAUUUUUUAAAAUUUCAAUUUGUUUGGGCUGUUCCAAAAUAACUUUGCCGUAUUAUUGGUAUUGUCUUUGAAGAAAAUAAAUUUAUCCCAAGACUUGCAGCUUUAAUCCACAAGCUGUAAUAUUUGAUAAUUUAAAUGGUGACAUUAAAGGUCUAAAUCUUGUCAAAAUCAAUGCAGCUUGUGAAUAAUUGCUACAGUUUUAAAUUUAAAUUUAGAUAUUAGAAAGAUUAAAACUUAUAAAAAAACUACUUCACAAACUCGCCAAUGGAGCAGAGGUAUUUUUGAACCAAUUUAAAGUUAAAAUAACCUUUAUAUAAUAAUUUGUAUUAUUCUUUAACAGGUUUCAGCAGACAUUUAAAAGAUGAAAAUUAAAAAUUUUAUGUAUUUUUCAGUGCAAAAGCAUUUUUUUGAUUCAAUAAAAUUAUUUCACCAGCGAAA